AGUGUAUGUUUGGUAUUUCAAUUUGGUGCCGCAGGGUGCCUACGAAGGUAUGAGCUAGAUACCUGUAUGUCUUAUUUGCCAUGCCACACUAACCAAAACAGAACAGAACUGUCAAUUUCACUGCAUAGACAGAAAGAUAGCCAUAUACCUUGUCUCCUUUCUGUCUACUUGCAUGGCAGAAGAAUCCCUGCAUGAACUAACACAAGAGGCAUUCUGUGGAAUAUUCUAGCCCAAUAUGGAGAACAAGUUCCCAACUCAGAGAUGGCAAAGGAAGGCAAUGGAGCAGGGAGUGCAAAAACUCAAUGUUCCUAAAGAUAUCAAUACCUCAGGAUUCGGUCUAAACCUCUCCAAUCUCUCGCUGAACACUCCGGGCCUGUCUGGCGGCUCCAACAAGUCGUCGCCGGGCCGGUGCCGGACGCCGGGCAAGCGCAGCAGUCCGGCCCGUAGUGCCGGCACUCCGGGCCACAACACCACCGACGGUGCGCUGACGCUGCGCCCCGGCGGACGGACCCCCACCCGGGCGGCCCCAAAAACGCCCAACGGCGGUGACAGGUUCAUCCCCUGUCGCGGCACGACUGACAUGGAGAACAGCUAUCACUCGCUGGUGCGCGCGGGCAGCGGCGGCAGUGCCGACACCACGGCCUCGGCCAGCUUCUCGGCCACGGGCAGCCCGACGGAGGGGUCGGCCACCGCGGCGCCGGCCACCGCCGACCAGCAACAGGCGCUCGCCGAGACGCUGAAUAACGGUGUACCGCGCGACACCCGCAUCCUCUCGUUCCGCGCCAAGGCGCCGCAGCCGUCGGACAGCUACGCCAACGGUCUGCGCGUGCUGUACAGCGCCAGCCGCUCCUCGGCGCCGCGCGCACCAUCCACACGCUUCAUCCCAUCGGCGCCGGAUAAGAUUCUGGACGCGCCCGACCUACUCGACGACUAUUACUUGCACCUGCUUGACUGGAGCUCCUCGAACCAGCUGGCUGUGGCGCUCGGCAGCUCGGUGUAUGUGUGGAACGCUGCCGACGGUACCAUCGCCAGCCUGACACAGAUGGAGAGCCAGGAGGACUAUAUCUGCUCACUUUCCUGGGCAAAAGAAGGCUCGUUUCUGGCCGUGGGGGACAGCACGGGCGCCGUCCAGCUAUGGGACGUGGCGCGACAGAAGCGGCUGCGGGUCAUGGCCGGCCACGAGGCGCGGGUCUCUACACUCUCCUGGAACAACCACAUCAUAUCCAGCGGCUCUCGAAGCGGGGCCAUUCAUAACCACGACGUGCGCGUGCCCAACCACCACGUGGGCACGCUGGCGGGCCACGUGCAGGAGGUUUGCGGCCUGCGCUGGUCCGACGAGGGCCGCCUGCUGGCCUCCGGAGGCAACGACAACCAACUGCUCGUCUGGGACGCCGCCGCCGGCAUUGGUGACGCCAACAGCGAACCGCUGCACACCCUGAACGCCCACCAGGCGGCCGUCAAGGCGGUCUCCUGGUGCCCCUGGAGCCCGCACCUGCUGGCCUCCGGCGGCGGCACGGCCGACCGCUCCAUUCGCUUCUGGAACGCCUCCACGGGCCAGCUGCUCAACACUACAACCACUAACUCACAGGUGUGCUCUCUGGUGUGGUCCGCUGAGUUCAAGGAGAUCAUGUCCGGUCACGGCUUCAGCUACAACCAGCUCACCAUCUGGAAGUACCCGCAGAUGACCAAAGUGAUCGACCUCACAGGUCACGAGUCUCGGGUACUGGAGCUGACCGUAUCGCCCGACGGCUCCACGGUGGCCAGCGCCGCCGCCGACGAAACGAUCCGACUGUGGAAGUGCUGGCAGUCCGACAAGAGUAAGAAGGCCAAGGCUUCCACCACGAAGACCAACCCCAGCGCACUGCAGCUGCGAGGCGGCAUUCGAUGAGAGCCGCGCGCCGCGAUUUAGGCUGUGGAUGCGUGUACAUAUGCCCUGUAUUAUAAAAUCACGGGCGGACCUUGGACGUCGACUCGGUAAUCACGACGAACUGAGCGAAGAGGGCGAAGUGGUGGAUGGCGUAUUGUGGAUAACUGAGGGCCCGGGGUGAUCCGUCCGGGUUAACAAGACAUUCGUACGAUACUGUCCCGCCGCGACCAGCCCUCGACUGUUCCGGUAUCUGGUGGCUGUUUUUUACUGACGCCCCCGGCGUCCUGCAGUAUGUACAUAAUCUGACCAUUGUACUGUGCUCUUCAACUCAAUCUGUCGCCUGAUUUACAAAUAAAUGAUUAAACUUGA